AUGAACGUAGCCAAGGUUCUAAGCAUUUUUUUUGUUACAUGGAAACUUUUCGCUUUAGAGUCCACAUCAAAGCAGAGCCCUCUCGAAGUCUCUUCAGAGAUGGAAAUGCGUGAAGAAAAUUAUAACAGAAUGGAAAAUUAUUCAAUUUUUUUAGAAAAUGAUAAAGCUGAUCAACUUGAAAAGGCUAAUCAGUUAGAAAAUAAUAAUGAUUCCAGCUAUUAUAUAGGCGACAAUUCUAUUGAAACUGGACAAAGAGCACAAGAAGGAAAUGCAUUUUUGAAUCCAAAUGCUUAUGAUAAUCAUCAAGAUAAAACUAAAAUCCAAGAAUUCCAAAAUACAGUUCCAAUUAUUAUUGCAAAUGAAAUCAAGCUUGAACAUAUCAGUUUGGAUUUAUCACAAGAUCUUGAAGUAGGAUGAAUUGAUGAAAAAUUAAACUUAAACAGCCAGAAUAUAGGGCAAAUGUCAAAUCAAGACCAAGCUACUGUUAUAAACGAAGUGAAUACUAUAAUUAUGCCAGAGCCUGAAAGCAAAAGCGAAAAUGUCAUCGAAACUUUUAUUGAGACUAAUGUUUUUAGAAGCAAAACACAAGAGUCUGUAUUUAAACCAAAAAUUUUAUUAAUAACCACUUAUUUGGCUAACAAGUAUGACUCUGGAAAAGUAAGUGCGCUAUAUUUGAAUGAAAAUGAGGUCGUCGAGCUGAUUGGAGGUCUGCAGAAACCUACAGCUACUUGCUUAGAUGAAAACCAUAACUAUUUAUAUGUCAUUGAAAGCAGAUUGAAUAAUAAAGGCUAUAUUUAUCAAUAUGAAACAAAAUGAAGUGAUAGAAGGUUUGUUCUAGCUAAAAAUAUGUAUAAUGUCAUCUACCAUGGAAUCAAUCCUUACGAUUGCAAAGUUGAUCAUUUGGGAAACCUAUAUUUUGUGGAUGCCGCUCUUAACCAAAUCAGCGUCAUCGGAUACAUGGACUUAUUUUCUGGGUUUCUCAAUAAGCAUUAUAUUAUGUAUCAAAGAGAUAUUAUAAACAACAAAUUAAAUUAUCCAACAGCAAUUGAUUUGGAUAGCAGAAAUGAUAUUUAUUAUAUUAAUAGUCAACUCGAUGAAUAUUCAGGAACAUUGAACAAGGCAGAUUCACAAACUGAAACCAAAAAUGGAGGCUUGAUAGAAACUUAUUCCUUUCAUAAUGUAUCUGCAAAAGGAGUCACAUAUACAGACAAUGGAUCUGUUUUUUAUUCACUUGAAAAUGGAGAAGUGUGAACUUACAAUCCAAAAGAUAAAACUCACAAAUUAUAUGAAAUGAGUAAUAUAACUGACCCUGCAGGAAUAUGCUCAUGUGGAGGCUAUGUUUACUUAGCAGAUAGCGCUAAAGGGAUUUAUGAACUUAAAGAUUCAAUGUCGGAUAAUUAUGUUGAUUUUGUUUUCAGCAUGGAAGAUAUUCAUGGAAUAUUUUGUGUAAGUUUUGGAGUUAAGCUCUUUCUCGGGAUAAAUAUACUAAUGAAUUUUUUGUAA